GCUUAUUCCAGUGUAAGCAGAUUGACAUCAUACUCUAGUCUGAUAGGUCUACAUGUCAGAAGGCCAAGAGUUCCGAGUGUUCGGAGAUACCAUGAACGUGGUGAAGGAGAAGCUGAUGAUUAUUCCAGUAUAAGCAGGUUGACAUCAUAUUCGAGUCUCAUAGGUCUACGUGCUAGAAGGCCAAGAGUUCCAAGUGUUCUGAGAUACCAUGAACGUGAUGAAGGAGAAGCAGGAGGAUAUUCCAAGCAAGACAUAGUUAAAUGGAUGGAAUCUGGGGAAGUAAAACCAGCGGAUUCAGAACCGGACCGGUCAGCCGCAACGCCUUUAGAUGACCAGAAAGGGGUAAUAGAACCUGUUCAUCGUAUCUCGUCAAUGAGCGGUCAUCAUGAUGAAGUCCCAGUUCAAGGCUUUGACAGUCAGGUGAAUGUCACUGAUGAUAUCGGCAUUAUUCGGCUUGAGGAAUAUGGUAUUGAAGUUCACGUUCCAUCGGGUGAAGCUUACAGCGCAAAAGAUAUUACUGUGGAUGUUAUCGAUGAGGUUCCACCUGAGUUGCUCACAGUACUGAAGGAAACUGAGGCUAUCAUUACCGUUGGUGUGAAGAUGUCGCCUUCUGAUGCAUCAUUUGAGAGACCAGUAAAAGUGACAAUGCCACAUUGUGGUGUGUUCCAAAAACCAGAAUCUGCUCAAAUCGUCACCUAUUAUCGCAAAAAUGCUUCAGAAAGUUUUGUGGCAAUUCCCUCCACCAAUGGGAGUCUGCAGUGCAUCGUUAGACAACGAGACCUAGAUAUCUACCUUAACCACUUCUCGGAAUCCUGGAUUGUUGCCCUCUUCACCUGGGCAUUCAUCGGAAAACGAGUUAUUUGCACUCCUUACAUUCCGGUAUCAACUCCAAAGAAUGCAAAGCAUGUCUUGUAUAUGCAUGUACGGGACGAAAACUUCAGAAAAAGAGAGAUCGAGAAGAGAUACGAGGCAGCUACCACAGGAAAGUAUUUCUUAGUGAGAUGGCGCUCUGGGGGACUACACAUUACUUGCCCAGAGAGCACCAAUAACGAGAAGCCCGAGACCAUAGAUGAAAGUAAGAUUACCCAUUUGCCUGAGAACGAAGUAUCGUUCCUUGUUGAUACUCGAAACUCAGAAGAUGAUGACAUGAUAUUGCAGUUCAUCAUAAAACAGAGCGGCUCAACACAGAAGAUGUUAGUGAAAAUGUGUCUGCAAGAAUCAGCGGUAGGCGAGACAAUUCAAUCACAGGCUAUCGCCACAUCCCAGAGACCAGUCAGAUCCUCAUCACCCGGUAUUCAGCUGGCUCCUAGAGGAGCGACCAGUGGCGUUCCUAAUUUGCAACACAGGUAA